AUGCAAGUAGAAGAAUUACUAGAAUAUGUACCUGAAUCUAUAAAUCUUAUCCUAGAGCCAACUAAAAAUAAAGGGGCUCUUUAUUUGGGAAAUAUUGCCUCCUUAUUUAAAUCUAUUAAAAAACAUCAAAUAAGAGCAGCAAUCUCAAUAUGCGAACCAUUAGAUAUGAAAAGCAUUCAACUUGAGAAGCAUCUUUAAAUUGUUCUGGAUGAUUAUGAAGACUCUAACAUCAAAUAAUAUUUUACUUAGACAAACUUAUUCAUCUAAGAAAAUUUAAAUAAAGGAAACCUAUUGGUUCAUUGUAUGGCUGGCGUAUCGAGAAGUGCCGCUAUAGUCAUUGCAUAUGUCAUGUGGAGCUAGAAAAUGACAUUUUAAAAUGCACUUCUUUUUGUUACCCAAAAGCGGGAAUAGGUCUAUCCUAAUAAAGGUUUUAGAGAAUAAUUAAUGCAAUAUGAAGAGGAAUUGAAAACUCUUUAAUGAUUAUAUAAUCAAUAAAAAUAACUAUUUUAAAAAUGAUGAAAA